UGUCGUAUUCGUCGUAUAUCACAAAAAUCAUGUCAGUGUGGUAGAAUUCAUAGCGUCGUAAUUUUCGUUGUUUUUGUACCAAAAUAAAACUUUUCCAAAUAAUUUGAAACAACAGUUUAUUGUAAUCAUGGAAGUUAAAGAAUGCAGUGAUUUAACUGAAGAAAAUCAAUUCAUCGUAGACGAUGUGAGUAAAAUCAUCAAAGAAGCAAUCGAGAGCUCUAUUGGAGGGACUGCCUAUCAGCACAACAAAGUCAAUCAAUGGACGUCGGCGGUUGUAGAAUCAUGUUUGGGUCAACUGACGAAGCUACAAAAGCCUUAUAAAUAUAUAGUGACUUGCACAAUAAUGCAGAAGAAUGGUGCGGGUUUGCACACAGCUUCAUCCUGCUUCUGGGACAACAACACCGAUGGAUCCUGCACUGUGCGCUGGGAGAACAAGACAAUGUAUUGUAUUGUCUCUGUCUUUGGACUUGGCAUCUAAUUCUUUUGAUUUUCAAAUUAAUAGUCACACAAACCUAGCCGUCAUAUACAAUUGAAGUUACACUCACAUUUUAAAACAACAUUCUCAUUAUAAGAUGAUAUUUGUCAUGUAACACAUUUCAACAAUAACAACAUUCAAGUAUCGUAUACCUAUGUCUGGUACAAAUGUAGCGCAUAAUUGUAUGCCAUCAUAUUUCCUCAUUCGUAUUUGUCAUGCUACUUCAGUCAACCUCAGUACUUUUUGUAUUGAGCCUGACUAAAAUAGCAUAACAUGUUCGUGCAUUUCCGUGAAAAUAAUAAUAUGAUGGCAAACAAUUAUGCACUACAUCUGUACUAGUUUUCGUUGCUAGAAAUUGUAAUACAAAAAAAAUUGUGUUUAGUAAUUUAACAUAAUAAACUUCUACUCAUUAGCUACGAGAACUAUUGCCAGACAUGGAUUUAUAUUACGUAAAUAUUCAUGCCAAAUUUCAUGUAAUUUAAGCAUAUUAUUUUAAAUUGUAUGGGAGCAGCUUUUUGGCGGUGGCACAUAUUAUAUGCAGCGGGUUUGUGUCUCUUAAUAGUUAAUAUAGCCCUAGCAAGUUCAUACUUAUAAUUAUGAUUAAUUAUGCUUCAAAAAUCUCUACUAAUGAUUAGCUCAGUAGAUUAUCACUUGCUUAGGUAUGGAAGAUGUUUAAAAUUAUUUUAAGUUGUGGUAAAAUAAACUGAAGUAAGCCUUUUUGUUUAUAUCAUACUUUGUAACAAAGUAUUUACUGUAAAAUGAUUAACACCAAUGUAGCAUCUGUAAAAGUGUUGCUAUUCAAAUAAAUAAAUGCACUAUAAACAUGUAUUGUGAAUCAUUAUUGAAUUUUUUUCUUUAGUUAAUAUUAAAACAUACCUUCUAGGUAACUAGGACAUAUUUUCGUACACAAUAAAUACAUUAAAAUC